AUGAGCGGGAUACGGUCGAGAGAGAGGCACAUGGGAGUAAAGAUAGUGGUAGCCAGUGGCAAAGGCGGCGCGAUAACGAACUGA